AUGGCCUCAGACAUUGCCCAAUUCCUUAAACAAAAUUUCUUGGAUAGUUUCCAAGAAAGAGCUCUUAACCUAUCACCUUCUGUCACUUCCCUACUAAAUGCAAUCAAGCAAGAAUUCGAAGAUAACAAGGUAUAUUGGUCACCUCCCCCCAGUGAAUCCCUCUUUUGUAUGUACCAACUUGACUAUGCACUUAAUGAGUUUCAAACUUACAAGACAACCCUCUCUCCAUUCUCUCGUCCUGAGCAAGAAAAUGACCCCAAAAUAAUGUUGGGGGAAACUAAGAGAAGACUCAUUGAGAUUCGAGAGAAGUCUCAAGAGGAUGCAAACUCAAGCUUAUUCACUUCAUCUAUGUUCCAAACCACAGAUGAUUCAUCUUACUUUCCAGCAUUUGAUGAAGAAAUCUCAAUGAUUCUUAAAUGGCUUGAAUCUAAUGAUCGUGGGUUUAAGGCCAUUGGGAUUGAUGGGAUGUGUGGCACGGGAAAGACUAAACUAGUAGAAAGGGUUCUGGAGGAUCCACUUGUCAAAGGUAAGUACGAGAAGCCAAUAUGGGUGUCUUUGUUUGACUUGACAUCAAAAGAGGAAAUGGACAUAAGGAUUGUUAAGGAGUUGUUGGCAUGUUUGAAUGAGGAUCCUGACCUAUUGACCGAGGAACCCGAAGAUGAUUGGCUUGUGAAUAAACUAAAUGAAAAACUGAAGGCUCAAAAGUACUUGAUUGUAUUGGAUGGUGUGUGGCAUUGUAAUGAUUGGUUUAGUGAUUUAUAUGUUGAAGGACAAGUUGGUGAUAGGACCAAGCUUCUCUUUUCUCAAGCAUUGCCCAAGGACGCUGGUGGUGCUGUCUUUGUGACUAGCAGGAUAAAGGAGGUGACUAAACAAUUGGUGGGUGAGAAGAAUUUGAUUCAUCUUAAGCCUUGGAGUGAUGAGAAAAUGAAGGAGUUUGUGAAGCGUUGUAUGGCAAGCCAAAGUAAGAGCAAUGAGCCAAUUCCUCAAGAAGAGAUUGAUUAUGUUGCUUUUCAUUGUCAUGGUCUUCCUUUAGUUGCUGCAACUCUCUCAGAUUGGAUAGCCAACCAAAAAAUUUGA